CGAGCCCAUUGUAUAUGUGCAUCGCGACAGGAAAGUCGAUGGUCAUUGGAAUUCUCCUGAUCCAAACACCAAAUUUCGUUCUCUUCCUUCCUCACCCUUUUCAUCCGACGGGCCUAUGCCUCUUCCGAAGGCAGAUAAUGCCAUCGCUCCCUCCAUUUUCUCUUUAUAGAGCAAGUGCAGCAGUAUCAGCAGUAGCAAUGCUGCCUGCCAUCUCUUCGUCGCUAUCUAGGGUCUCCAAAAUGCCCUUAACCAGCUCCAUGAGCAUGUUUUCGCAGAUACCCAACUCCCCAGACCCUCCAAACAAUCAGCAGAGACCACAGAACCAUGUCGAUAUUCUCUCAAAACGCAUUUCUGGUCUGCCCAUCUUCACCGCUCUCUCACCCAUUUCGUCUGCUCUCGAGAAGCCCAACGAAUCUGUGCCGGAAACGGAAGAAUGGUCUCAGUCUUUGGUGGUCGUUUCGUUCUACAAGUUUGCCGACUUCCCUGACUACGAGUCGUUGAGGAAGCCGCUGAGGAAUCUCUGCGAAGAACUGCGUGUCUCAGGGGGUAUAAUUCUUGCUCCAGAAGGGAUUAAUGGAAGCAUUUGUGGGACACGUGAAUCAGUGGAAAAGGUUAUUGGAUUUAUACAAUCGGAUAAGCGCCUAAGUGGUCUACGACAGAUUGAAUCGCCUGUUGGCCCAGAGGAGGAGGCUAUUCAUCAUGGCCAUACAAGCAAGUCCCCUCUUGGGGCUGGCGACGAUGCACCUUUUAGGUGGGAUCAUGUGCGAGUCAAGCUUAAGAAAGAAAUAGUUACUUUUGGGAAUCCAAAAGUUUCGCCCAUUGAACAAGUUGGAACAUAUGUGAAGCCGAAGGAAUGGAAUUCUUUGAUCAGCGAUCCGAACACUAUGGUCAUUGAUGUACGCAAUGAUUAUGAAACUCGCAUUGGAACGUUUAAAGGAGCGGUUGAUCCGUGUACUACUUCAUUUCGUGAGUUCUCAUCAUGGGUCGAUAAGAAAUUUCAGCUAGCUGAACAUGAACAGGAUAAUGCUACCGCAGAAAAUUCUGAGUCCCGAGAAGUCAAACUUCCCAGUCGUGUUGCCAUGUAUUGCACUGGUGGAAUCAGAUGUGAGAAAGCAACAAGUUUUCUCCUAAGCAAAGGAUUCAAAGAGGUUUACCAUCUUGAGGGUGGAAUAUUGAAGUACCUUGAAGAAAUCCCCGAGACAGAGAGCCUGUGGGAAGGUGAAUGCUUUGUGUUUGACAAGCGAGUUGCUGUGGAACAUGGGUUGAAGCAGGGGACAUACAAGCUAUGCUAUGGAUGCAAGAAGCCCAUUAGUGAUGUGGACAUGGAAUCUUCUGAAUGGGAGGAGGGUGUUUCAUGUCCUUAUUGCAUCUCAGAAAAAUCUCCUGAAGAGGUAGCGAGGGCAAGAGCCCGACAAAGGCAGUAUGAGACAUGGGGAAUUAUUGGUGGUCCAGAUAGAGGUGUCCGUAAACAUGUUCCAGUGAAUCUGUCUGAAUCACCCAGAUCAAUUUAGUUGAAGCAUCGGAAACAUGAUAUUUUGGUUCUCUUUUGGGUUAUGUAGCUUCAAUCAUGACAAAUAUUUGGUUGUAGAAGUUGCUAACUUGUCUUAGUGAUUAAUUGCUUGGUAAAUUGUGAACAUUUUGUGUCUGUGUUCUGUGUUCAUUGUUUUCAUUGUUGUGUAUUAUGAAUUCUUCGUUUCAUCUCAAUGCAAAGUUUUGUAACACCCGUUAUGGUUCCA